GCACUCGUCUUGUGCGCUCCCGAACUGUAUAAAACCAGGGCGCGCGGAAUCUCUAGUACUUUCUACAAAAACUCAUUUAGUUACUGAGUGAAGCGAUAUUUCUUGGGAACGUUCGUAAACCUUUAAGGAUAUUUUGAGGGAAAAUGGAUCCUUGUGAUUGCUCCAAGACUGGAACUUGCAACUGUGGUGCCACCUGCAAGUGCACUAACUGUGCGUGUACAACCUGCAAGAAGAGUUGUUGUUCCUGCUGCCCAUCCGGUUGCAGCAAGUGUGCUUCUGGCUGCAUAUGUAAGGGCAAUUCCUGCGACUCCAGCUGUUGUCAAUGAGGUCAACGCGACGUUCGACUUUUGCAACAACUUGACUGAAAAUUGUCUGUACUGCGCGUCUUUUGUUAUGCAUAGCAUGAAGUGGGGGUGGGGUUACGAUAUGAAUGACCUCCAUUGUUAACUCUGUUUCCAUGUUGCUUAAGUAUUUGUAACCAGACUUUAUAUUUGGGUACUUGCUGUCUUGCUCAACUUUCCACAAUCUGUAAUGUCUACAAUAAACAACUGUCAGCAGUU